CUGUGAACAUAUAGUGUUCUCGUCGUGUCACGCCGUUUCUCAACAAAGGAUGUUAUCGGACAAGAGAGCGCUUUCCAUGCCAUACGGCGGGUGCCGGUGGGCGUAUGCGGCAAAAACUAUUGUUCGCUGGCAGCAACUGGAUUUUUUCGUCUGCGUGGUGACGCCAUUACGGUUCAGAGAUUGCUCGAUUGUGGGUGUGAGAAAAAGAGGUUCCGCCUUGCUGGGUGAUCAAACGCCCUGGGUAAUCUUUCAGCCUUUUCACCCUUGUCUGAGCUUGACGCACCUAUUAUGCUGCCGGCAGGUUCAGCAAACCUUGGCACAUCAUCUUUAUAUGUGCUUCCUGAGGGCUCUUCAAGAGCUUCCGCCGAUUUGUAUCAUAUUCGGUUCGUCGUUUCGCUCGAUUCUCCGUAGGAUGUUAACCGCGAAGACUUCCGUCGUCCAUCGUUGCACGUAUCGGUUCGGACAGUAG